AUGCCAUUGCCCACAUCACGAAGAAGCUUAACCAGAUCCCUCGGCCAACGGCAUCCGUGCGUCUAAUCAAAACAGUCGCAGCUUAGAACCCACGGCAGAAGGAUGGCUGCCUUCAAACUUAUCAUUUUAUACGCACUUUUUAUCACAUCGAUCAAUAGUGAUGAUAUUGAAGACACUUUGUUCAAUGAAGAUUACGCAGUUCCGAGACCUUGUGAGGAAUGCUAUACGAGAGAGAAGAGGGUGGCAGAUUAUCCGGAAAGGGUCAGGAGUAGGAUAGUGGAAGCGAUGUUGAAUACCAGUAUGCUUCCCCUCAAUCCUGAAGAACCAGACAUUUUUGGUGUUUUAAGGGACCAGUAUGAACUUCCAAAAGGGUUCAAAGGGCCACUAGCAGAAUACGACUUCAUCAUCGUAGGCGCAGGGUCCGCUGGGAGUGUGCUGGCGGCUCGGUUGAGCGAGGGGCGGCGAGCAUCUGUGCUACUUCUAGAAGCUGGGAGAGGCGAGAGUGUGCUGACUGACACGCCUAUACUGGCGCCGCUGUUCCAACAGACGGACUAUGUGUGGCCGUAUCUGAUGGAGCAUCAACCCGGAGUUUGUAUGGGAUUCGUUGGAGGCAGGUGCUUCUGGCCGCGAGGAAAAGCCGUAGGCGGGACUAGCGUCGUCAACUACAUGAUAUACACCAGGGGGCUCAAGGCGGACUGGGACAGGAUAGCGGCCGAUGGGAACUAUGGAUGGUCAUAUGACGAUGUUUUGCCGUACUUCAUGAAGUCAGAACGGGCGAACCUCAAGGGGCUGCAAGAUUCGCCCUGGCACGGAAGAAAUGGCGAAUUAUCGGUAGAAGACAUACCAUUUAGGUCAAAAUUGUCUAAAGCAUUUUUGGACGCCGCGAAGCUGCUGGGCAAUCGACGAACCGAUUACAACAGUCCUGAAGGAUUCGGAUUCAGCUACAUCCAGGCAACGUUGUCCCGCGGACACCGACAUAGUAGCGCCAAGGCCUUCCUCCACAACCACAAAAAACGAAAAAACCUGCACAUCCUAACCAGCAGUCGGGUCACCAAAGUAUUAAUAGAUCCAACAACAAAAACUGCAAUCGGCGUACAGUUCGUUCGCAAUGGCCAAAUGUACGAAAUACGCGCUAAAAAGGAAGUCAUCUUAUCAGCUGGACCGAUUGAGUCACCACAUCUACUAAUGCUUUCCGGCAUCGGACCCAGGCAGAACCUGGAAUCAGUGGGAAUACCCGUCAUACAAAAUCUCCCAGUAGGACAAACUUUAUACGAUCACAUUUCGUUCCCAGCGCUAGCUUUUAAGCUGAAUUCAACUAGAUUAACUUUAGUAGAAAGAAAAAUAUCCACGCUAGAAAAUACGUUCCAAUACAUGCAUUACGGAGAUGGUCCUUUUUCUUCCUUAGCUGGAGUGGAAACCCUUGGAUAUAUAAGAACCAAUGUUUCUGACGGACCUCCUGACAUUCCAGAUAUUGAACUGAUCGGUUCCUGUGCCUCAUUAGCAUCUGAUGAAGGUACCGUGGUGGCUAAAGGUAUUCGCUUAGCAGAUUGGCUGUACAAUUCAGUUUACAAACAAAUUGAAGACGUAGAAAGUUUCACUGUGCUAUUUAUGCUUCUGCAUCCUAAAUCUAAAGGCAAUAUGUUAUUGGGGUCAAGGAACCCUUUUGAGGAUGCGAAACUGUACGGUAAUUACUUGACGCAUCAGCAAGACGUAGAUACGAUGGUUGCAGCGAUAAGAUACAUCCAGAAGAUGGUAGAAACGCCAUUUUUCCAGAAAUAUGGUGCAACGUUGCACAGUAAGAGAUUUCCGAAUUGUCGACAGCAUCAGUUUAAUAGUGAUGGUUACUGGGAGUGCGCGGUGAGAACGGUGACGGCCACUCUUCACCACCAGAUCUCUACGUGUCGGAUGGGGCCAUCUUCGGAUCCUGAGGCAGUGGUGGACCCGGAGUUGAGAGUGUAUGGUGUGGACAGGUUGCGUGUGGUGGACAGCAGCGUUAUUCCGAGGACUAUAGCGGCUCACACAAACGCUCCCGCUAUUAUGAUUGGUGAGAAGGCGGCAGAUAUGAUUAAAAAUACAUGGAGAUUAAAAUGAAAAGUUAA